ACGCAACUUAGAGUAUUCCUUUAGCUUUAUUCACUUGGCGUGAUCAUUGCGCUUGCGGUGCGUUUUUCUGCUCUUUACUGCUCGAAUGAAGGUAAUUGAUCUUGCUCUUUAGUCGGGAACUAAUAGCUCUAAGAAGAAGACGUGUUCUUACUUUCUCUUGAUCUGACUGCUGGCUAACAUUGUAAGGGAAGGUGGCUACUCAUAUAACCUCAAGUUAUGGCAGCAAAAGAUUCUCAACCAGACACAGAGAAUAAACCGACUGAUGAUCUACCACCUCCUUAUCAGGCAGGUCCCCCCUCUCCUUACCCUCAACAGCCAGGUUACUCAGUACCACCUCCUGUUUACCAAUUGCAACCAGGCUACCAAGCACCACCUGGUUACCAAGCACCACCCAAUUACCAAGCUCCAUCUAGUUUUCAAGGUGGUCAAGUGUACCAUGGUGCUCCAGCUGGUGGUUUCAUGGUCACUACACAACCUGGUCCACCUUAUGUGGUGCAAGCAAAUGUUCAAGCCUCUCCUCCUGAUCACCAAGGGCUGGCUUGGUUUGCCUGCCUCUGUUGUUGCUGGCCUGUGGGUAUCUUGGCUAUACUGAAAUCUAACGAGGUGCGUAAUUCCAUGGCACGUGGAGACUACAACUCUGCAAGAGUAGCAUCUAACUCAGCCCGUACUUUUUCCUAUUUGGCCAUUGGUCUUGGAGCUAGUUUUUUUAUUAUGUACAUCAUUGCCUUAAUUAUGGUUUUCACAUUUUUGAGGGUUCAGUAAUAACCCAGAAGUGAUACAUUGAAAUAAUGAAAUUUCAAUACCUAAGAAUAACUCAUGGUACAAUUUAGACAGCCCAACCAUGAGCAUCAAGAUAUCAACAGCAUUAGUAGAUUUAAUAUUCCUAGAGCCUCCGAGUGAUUUUAUUCAUUUGAUGCUGAAUUUUGAAGUAUCAAAUUUGGGUUGUUUUGUUGGGGCUGCAUGUAUGCAGUUGCUAUUACUUUGAGCUUAAUUGCUCACAAUAUUUGUAUGAAAUGAAUGGUGUUUGAUGCUUACAUUACUGCAAGCAUCAUUGUGAAUGAUUUGCCUGGUUGAAAAAUUUCAGCAGUCUGUGUUGUAUAAUUAUAUUUAUUUUGUGGAAUGUGUGUGCACCCACCAUGGAGGAAUAUUUCAUGGCCUCCAACUAAAAUUUCUGGUGACCCUCAAUCCUUAGCAGUUCCAGUGCUCUGAGCCACAACUACAUUCUAUU